ACCGAGGAAGAAACGCGAUCAGAAGGCGAGAACGAUUACAUUUACCGGAUCACACAACUCCGGAUACGCUACUGCAAUCCGGUGGACCCGCAACCAGACCGCAUGCUCACGCACAUCUGCUUCUUCCGCUGGCUCGAUGGACGGCUGCCGCUGCCAUGGGGCAAACAGACGAGCCUAUCCGAGGCUGCCAAAACCCUGGUGCAAAUCCUAAUGAAAAUCACGGAUAAUAAGUUGCUGGUGCAUUGUCACGCCGGAAUUGGCCGCACCGGUGUUCUCAUUGCGUUAGACUGCGCCAUUUAUGAGCUCAAAAAUGCUGGAACUGUCAAUAUCAAGAAUCUCAUCGAAACAAUCCGGAAACAGAGACCACGAGCAGUGAUGAAUCGAUGGCAAUAUGCUUACAUAAAUGUUGUUGUGGCUGAACAGGCCUAUCAAAUGGGGUUGCUUGAAGAACGAACUUCUUCUGGGCAUAUCACGCGUCAGCUAAUCAACGAGGUCUGGCUGGAUCUUGAGGAUGAUAUGAAUCGAAACUUCGAGAACGAACUACCACCAUCCAGUAAACUUCGGGAAAAGAACGAUGUCAAUAUUCCUACUGUAAAUGCUAUUAACAACACUACCCUUUCUUAG